ACAACCUUGAUCACAUAAUCAAGCCACAGUCGACCAAGAAUGCUUUGAUGCAGUAAAUACAUGAAAGCAGGAUCAAAACACACGAAUACAAUGUCACGUUAACUGAAAUAAAUUCAAUUAAAGUUGAAUUUAACAAGAAACAAUACCACUAUCCUUUUAAAACGACUAUUACACGUAAGACACCAGACCAGAAACAGACGAAUAGUUCAUUACUUUUCUCAAUCAAAUUUUGAGGGCUUCAGGCUAGAAUUAUGAUAGGCGCAUUUAGCGAAGCGUGCGUUGCAUCCUGCUCGUGAUGUGUUUACCAGAGUUUAGACCACAGUAUAUUAUCAUCUAAUGAGAAUUUGACAACACUGUUUUCCGUUACAUCAGCUAAUCAACGUUUAGUUAAUUGAAGAACUUACUGGAAAAUCUUGUAGAUCAAACCGAUAUUAGUCAUAUAAAAUACAACCAAAUCAUCCUUUGUGCCUGUCGUCAGAUUCUAAAGUCUUCCUUCCUAUUUUUUUUCUUCAAAUUUAUAUAGUUUAGCACACUUUUACCUUCGUUGUUCUAAAUUAAUAAGCAAUUUGAGCUGCACAAGAACUCACUGUUUAAUGUUAGUAUUAUUUCUUUUGACUUAUUUUAAGCACAUCUAUUCGAAUUCAGUCUAUUUCUAGUGUCGCUGUCCGAUGACAUGUUUGUGACUUGAUUGAGUGAGGCAAAUGAUCUAUCAAUUUUAACGGUUGGUCAUCAGUUGAUUUUAAAUUAGCCAUUCUUUAUUUCUUUCUGCAGUAAAUUUGUUCUAUUCUGAAUGUAUACUCUGAUUGUAUUAUUUUAUUUGUAUUUACUUGAAGGUAUACCAUAUGGUGUUCAGUCACGAUUUCUACCUCUUAUAUUUCGCAAUAAAGGUCUUUCACUUACUUCAUUAGGUCUACAUAAACUUCUUCAUAUUCCUUGGUUACUUAAAAGCUUUUAUGCUCCGGUAAUUGAUAGACAUGUGAACAAAAGAGUAUGGUUAUUUAUCAGUUUCAGUGGUUUGUUUUUUUGUACAGUCUUGUUAUUUCACGAAAGUGAACAAUUGGUCAAUGGAAACAAUUAUUUCAUGUUCACUAUUUCUUUUUGUCUUUUUAUGUACAAUUUUUGGGCAGCUUCACAAGACAUUACUGUUGAUUCACUGACCUUGUCCACCUUAGCAUCUAAUCAAAUCUCUUUAGGGAAUACUAUACAAGUUGUUGGUUACAAAUGUGGAGCUAUUAUUGGCGGUGGAUUUCUUGCUUGGUUAUCAGCUUUUGUAGAAAUUAGUUAUCUUUUCAUAUCACUUAGUUGCUUAUAUGCUAGUGGAAUGUGCUUUUGUUUGAUUGGAAGGUUUUGGAAAUUUUGUAAUGUCAAACAGUUUCACGAAAAAACGUACAUUCAAGUAAAUGAGAAUGAGAAUUCAGACGAUGAACGAGAUUUAACUAUUGUGUCAAAACAAUAUUCGUACACAAAAGCUUUCAAAAUUGCCCUGGGUGAUUCAGGUGGUUCGCGUUGUCUUAUUGUUCUUCUAUUGAUUUAUAAACUUGGAGAACAAGGAUCUAUGAAUAUGUUACCUUUGAUGCUUUUAGAUAGAGGAUUUUCUUUAUCUAAAGUUGGAUUUUGGACUGGUGUUGUUGGACAGUUGGCAUCUAUAAUUGGGUCUACAUCUGGAUAUUAUAUUCAGAAAAAGCUCAGAUCUCCACUGACUUCAGUUCUAAGUCUGAUGAUAAUUCGUGCUUGUCUACAGUUCCCUCUAACAAUGAUUGCUUUCAAAUCUAUUUGGACAAGUGCACCUAACGUUUCAUUCUGGAUAGGUUGUUUAUUGAUGGAUAGUUUACUAGUUGUAAGUGGAGGGAUUACAACAAUUAUGUUCACUUUGAUGAUGCAUUGUACAUGUUCUGAAACAUCUAAAGCUUAUCAAGCAACUCAUUAUUCUAUAUUAAGUACGGCAGAAUUAUUGGGGAAACUUUUAUUUAGUACAAUAGCUGCAUAUUUUACAGAUUUAUUCGGAUAUGGAAUUGCUUAUUUAUGCUUUUUAAUUUUAUCUAUACUUCCAAUUCUAUAUGUUUAUAAAUACUCUGGGAAAUUUCGAUUUCUUCCCUAAAUAGUUAUCUAACUCGAUUCAGUUUACUUGCUAAUUACAAAAGGUUGAAACAAUCUGAAAUUGUUGACUAUGUAAAUAAAUGAAAUUGGAUUGUGCCAAAUAAACUAAAAAAAAUUCGAGUUGAAAGUUUUUUUAAGCUCAUGCUACUCACUAGAGGAACAGUUUUUAUUUUACAAAGAAGGAAAUCUAUACGAAAUUAUAAGUAAAUUAAUUAUUUGGUUAAUGUUGUGUGAGCUACUUAUAUUCACAUAAGUAGUAUAUGGUGAUGGUCGAGCAAAGAAUGUAUUUUUGUAAAUGAUCGAUAAGGAAAGAAUAAGAACGAAGCGCAAUCAGUAUGAAAAUGCAUGAACAAUGAGAUCAGAGAAGAUGGACUGAUAUUUACACAAAUAACAGUAAAGAUUGAAACCGUUUGUUUUAUAUUUUGCAAAUUAACUGUUUGCUGUAUGGUUAUCAGAAUUUAGUGAGAUAGUUUGUAAUUUGUGUUUAAAUACAUUCAAUUAUCCCCACUCGUGUUCUUGUUCACUACACUAGUAGUAGGGAAAAAUUCAUUUAUUCUAUAGUUUAUCUACUUACAUCUGAUUGUAAUUGUAUUGUGAUUGUUUUUUUUUUCAUUGGAUAACUCCAUUACUUUCUUUUCUAUUAAUGUUUGAUAGUAUGGAUAUGUUAUUUUUUGACCUUACAUUAAACUGUAAUUGACCUAUUUUGUAAUAUAUGGGAUAUUUCUUCAUUUUUGGGCUUUCUAAAAUAUAUAUUCGUUUGUAAUUGGUUGUUGACUUUUAUCAAUAAAGUAUAAGUUUAAGCGAAUUUAGUUUCCAUUUGAUAUCUAAUUUUGCACAGUUUGUUACGUAAUCCAGACUUUAAAUAAAUUUCUAGUGACUUGAGUUAUUACAUUAUUGAUACUAUAACUGAAUUUAGACCACUCAGUCAAUCACAACGUAGAACUUCGUACGUA